GCGGCCAUUUUGUGGAGCUUUGGGUUCCCCCUUUUCUGUCUCUCGGUUCUAGUUCUGGUCUUGCCAGGCCCCGGAGGAGAAGAGGGAUCUCGGGCUUUGCGCGUUUCUUCAUCGCGCGUCGGAGCCUCCCUGUUCCUUCACCUACUGCGCGGUAUCCAGGGCCCGUCUAUGAGUGGCCGUCCCUACCGCGAUGGAAGACGACGGGCAACCCAGGACGCUCUAUGUAGGAAAUCUCUCUAGAGAUGUGACUGAGGUACUUAUACUUCAAUUAUUCAGCCAAAUUGGACCCUGCAAAAGCUGUAAAAUGAUAACAGAGCAACCCGAUAGCAGAAGGGUCAACUCUUCUGUUGGAUUUUCUGUUUUGCAGCAUACAAGCAAUGAUCCUUAUUGCUUUGUGGAAUUUUAUGAACACAGGGACGCAGCUGCUGCAUUAGCUGCUAUGAAUGGGAGAAAAAUUUUGGGAAAGGAGGUCAAAGUUAAUUGGGCAACCACACCAAGCAGCCAGAAGAAAGAUACAUCAAAUCACUUCCAUGUAUUUGUGGGAGAUUUAAGUCCAGAAAUAACAACAGAUGACAUCAAAUCAGCAUUUGCUCCAUUUGGUAAAAUAUCGGAUGCACGGGUAGUUAAAGAUAUGGCAACGGGAAAAUCAAAAGGAUACGGCUUUGUGUCAUUUUAUAACAAACUGGAUGCAGAAAAUGCGAUUGUGCACAUGGGAGGUCAGUGGUUAGGUGGUCGUCAGAUAAGAACUAACUGGGCAACACGGAAGCCCCCAGCUCCCAAAACUACACAAGAAAACAGCACAAAACAGCUGAGAUUUGAAGAUGUAGUAAAUCAGUCAAGCCCCAAAAACUGUACAGUCUACUGUGGAGGAAUUGCCUCUGGAUUGACAGAUCAGCUUAUGAGACAGACAUUUUCACCUUUUGGACAGAUUAUGGAAAUAAGAGUUUUUCCAGAAAAAGGUUAUUCAUUUGUGAGAUUUUCAACCCAUGAAAGUGCAGCCCAUGCUAUUGUUUCAGUCAACGGAACCACAAUUGAAGGACAUGUUGUUAAAUGUUAUUGGGGUAAAGAAUCACCAGAUAUAACUAAAAACUUCCAACAGGUUGACUAUAGUCAGUGGGGUCAGUGGAGUCAAGUUUAUGGGAAUCCACAGCAGUACGGACAGUACAUGGCCAAUGGGUGGCAAGUGCCAUCUUACGGAAUGUAUGGGCAAGCAUGGAAUCAACAGGGGUUUGGUGUAGAUCAAACACCAUCUGCAGCCUGGAUGAGUGGAUUUGGUGCUCAGCCUGCCCAGGGACAAGCAGCUCCUGUAAUACCUAAUCAGGCUGGAUAUGGUAUGGCAAGUUACCAAACACAGUGAACUGGGACUCUCUUUCAAAGUAUGGAUUCAAGAUAGGCUUCAGUUUCCAGCGAUAUUCAGAAGACUGGACUAUAGACAUUUGGGGGGCUUAAAAUAUUUAUUUUGAAAAUUGAAAAUGUUUGGAACCUUUAGCACAGUGUUUUGCUUUUGGUGAAGGACACAAAUGUCUUCUGGUUAUGCCUUUUUAAUUUUUUUGUUCAUGGUGAAUAUGGACAUGUUUUUUCUUUAUGUACAAAAUUAAAAUAAAGUCAAUAAAGACAACUCUGACUACAAAUUUUGGUAUAUUAGGAAGAAAUGUUUAAUAAUGUGAUUCUUAUUACCAUUCCAUUUUUUGCCUUCAGUGUUUUACAUCACAGCUUUUAAAAAAAAUGAAAUCAAUGUUGCUUUUAGUUGAAUUCUAAAACGUGACAUUUUUGAUUGCGGACCAUACAUUACAUCAUAGAAGACAGCUUUCUUCAGUAACCACAAGGCCAGCAUUCAGAAGAUAUAGUCAUGGAAAGAACUUU